CGACAAGCGGAGAAUAAACACACUCACACAACGAUUCCUGUUUUUUAUCGUCUUCCGGGUACUAGAGAUCUAGAUCUAGAAUCUAACUACAAGCUUCAGUUUAUUUAGGCCAUACUGUUAGUAGUUAUUAUAAAAGAAAUAAUUUCAAAGUUUUCUGGCCAAAAAUGAAUGAAGAACAGGAGAUAAAAGGAAAUUCUACAAUGGAUGAAACUGUAGUAAAACAAGAGCCUAAUGAGGGCAUUGAGACGAGUGCUUUAAAUGAGGAGAUAAUUUUUUCAUCUGAUUCAGUAACUUAUGAGAAAAUUCUUGAGAUAAAACAAGAGGUUAAAAAUGAGUUAUUAGAACUGAAGUACAUUAAUGAUAAAUGUGACAAUGAUUUAUCACGGAAAAACCAGCAACAUCACAUAGGUGCUACAGAGCUUGACAAUAAACCAGAAAUUUCUGUUCCUGUUUUGAAAAAAUUGUUUGACUUAAAAUCUGAGAUUCAAAAUGAUGUAUUAGAACUCAAGCACAUUAACAACAAAAUGGUUCAUACUUUACCUCCAAAGAGCGAGCCUAAUGAGAAGUCAUGCUGUUCCGAUGAUUUACUUAGUGAUAGCACCAAUAAGGAAAGCUGUGCCACAGAGCAAGGUAAACCAGAUAAUUUAUCCAAUAAACCACCUUCCACUGCUGGACCUAAUAUUAUGACCAUAAGACUAGUUAUUCAAGAUCACUCUUUGGGACUGAAGUGUAUAAGUAAACAGAUGAUUGUUAACUCAUUAUCAUCAAAAAAUCAGGGAGUUACAGCUAUUAUGGCACCUCAAAAUCAAACUCUUGCAAUGAAAAAGUCUUAUUUUUGUAAUGUGUGUCAAAAGACGUUUACUCAGCAAGUUGGUUUAGAGUACCAUAAACUUGGUCACAAAACUGAGGAAAAAAUUGCCAAGAAAUUGAAUGCAAAAAAGGCUAACAAUACCAAGAAAAAGGAAUUAAAAUAUGUCAUUUCUGAACGUCUAUCUCCAGCUUGUUGGGAUAAAAAAAAGCUAAUUAAUGUUGAGAGAAAACAAAAGAGUAAACCAGUGGAGAGUAAAGCAUUGGAAAGUGUAAGAGCUGAGAAUAAAAAAAUAGUUGAGAGUAAAGCAUCGGAGAGUAAAGCAUCAGAGAGUAAAACAGUGAAGAGUAAAACAGUGAAGAGUAAAACAGUGAAGAGUAAAACAGAAAAAAGAAAAGUACUAAAAUGUGACGCAUGUCUUGAAACAUUUUCUGAUGAAAACUUGUUUAAAGAUCACAAGUCAGUUCACAUAGGAAAAAGAGAUUUUAAAUGUGAUCUAUGCUUAAAAACGUUCUUCACUAAGCAUGUUUUAAACAGACAUAAGCUUUUAGUUCAUUCAGGCAAAAAAAGAUUUAAGUGUGACAUUUGUGGAAGACAAUAUUAUUUUAUUUCAGACUUAAAGAAACAUAUGUUGGUUCAUGAUGCAAGUAAGAAUAUAGAAUGUGAUGUUUGUUCAAAAAAAUGUAACAGCAUGGUGAAUUUACUAAAGCAUAAACAGCUACAUUCUUUAGACAAGAAGUUUGAGUGUAAAACAGUAAAGAGUAAAACAGUCGUGAGUAAAACAGAAAAAAGUAAAGUACUAAAAUGUGACGCAUGUCUUGAAAUAUUUACUGAUGAAAACUUGUUUAAAGAUCACGAGUCAGUUCACAUAGGGAAAAGAGAUUUCAAAUGUGAUCUAUGCUUAAAAACAUUCUUCACUAAGCAUGUUUUAAACAGACAUAAGCUUUUAGUUCAUUCAGGCAAAAAAAGAUUUAAGUGUGACAUUUGUGGAAAAAAAUAUUAUUUUAUUUCAGACUUAAAGAAACAUACGUUGAUUCAUGAUGCAAGUAAGAAUAUAGAAUGUGAUGUUUGUUCAAAAAAAUGUUACAGCAUGGAGAAUUUACUAAAGCAUAAACAGCUACAUACUUUAGACAAGAAGUUUGAGUGUGAUGUGUGUCAUAAAAAAUACAAUCAAAAAGCAAACUUAAUUGAUCAUAAAAAAUAUCAUACCUCAGGGGGAAUAAAAUGUCCAGUAUGCUUUAAAACAUUUGCAAUGCCUAGAGAUUUAAAAAAACAUGAACUUGUUCAUGCAGCUCCUAAAGAGUUUAAAUGUGACCUGUGUUGCAGAGAAUUCAAGAAAUUGUUUUUCUUGAGGCGACACAUGCUUGUUCACACAGGGGAGAAGCCAUUUAAGUGUCAUUUGUGUACCAAAACAUAUGCUUCACCCUCUGGCUUGUUAGGGCAUAAACAAACCCAUGAGUCAAAAAAGUAUCAAUGUGCUCUGUGUAGCAAAAAAUUUUCUCAUCAGGUUAACUUAAAAGUACAUUUACAAAUACAUUCAGAUGUGAAGAAUUUUGAGUGUGGUGUGUGUUUUAAACGAUUUUCACAAAGACGAGCAUUACAUUUUCAUAAGUUAGUUCAUACUCCGGCACAAGAAAUUGAAUGUGAUGUGUGUUUUAAAAAAUUUAAACACAAGUAUAGUCUUAAAGCACACCUAGAAUCUCAUGUCACAUAUAAACAAUAUGUAUGUGAUGAGUGCCCCAAAAAAUUCAGCUCUAAAGCACGCUUAAAUUCCCAUAAAAAAAAUCAUGGUAGAGUGGCAAGACCAAACAUUAAUUUUAAGUGUGAAAUUUGUCAGAAAAUGUUUGGCAGUAAACAAGGCUUAGAAAAUCAUAGCAUAAAUCAUACUAACGAUAAGCAAGGCCUAGAGGCAUUAGAUAAGACUGGGAGUAAAGAUGAAGAAAAAGAAGAGUUUGAAUGCAAUAUUUGUCAAAUAAUAUUUCACUCUAGUCACAGUUUAGCUACUCAUAAGCAUAUUCAUAUUGAGGGUAAGAUUUUACAAUGUGAUGUAUGCCUUGAAAAAUUUACAGAUAAAAAUUUGUUAAAAGUCCACAAAUUAGUUCACAGAGGUCAAAAACACCUUGAAUGUAACUUCUGUUUAAAAAAGUUCUCUAACAAACAAAGUUUAGAUAUACAUAGCCAGGUAAAGCAUUUAGGUAUAAAAAGAUUUGAGUGUGACAUGUGCAAAAAGACAUAUUAUUUUAAUUGGCAAUUAGAAAAGCAUAAAUUAAUUCAUAACAUUGGUAACAAUUUAGAAUGUGAUGUUUGUUUUAAAAAUUGUUACAAUUUAGAAAUCCUGGCAAAGCAUAAAGAAAUACACAAGUUGUCAUUAGAAAAGAAGUUUGAGUGCAACUUGUGUCACCAAAAAUAUACAACAAAAAACAGUUUAAAAUUGCAUAAACUGAAUCACACAGAAGGAGAAUUAAAAUGUACUGCAUGUUGCCUAAGUUUUGUCAAGCUAAGAGAUUUUAAAAAACAUAACUUAAUUCAUGAACCACCAAGUAUAAAUAGUAUAAUUAAAUGUGAUCUUUGCUGUAAAGAAUUUAAGAGUAAGGUAAACUUAAGGCGUCACAUGCAAGUCCAUACAAUAGAGAAGUCAUAUAAUUGUGAAUUGUGUACCCAUACAUAUCCUUCACAAAUUGGUUUGAAUGCACAUAAAAAAUUACAUGUGGAGAGAGAAUUAUUAAAAUGUAACGCAUGUCCAGAAACAUUUCCUAAUAUCAGCUUGUUAGAAGCCCACAAGUUUGUUCACAUAGGGAUAAGAAAUUUUGAAUGUGAUUUGUGUUUUAAAAAAUUCUUCACCAAACACAUAUUAAAAAGACAUAAGCUUUUAGUUCAUUCAGGCAAAAAAAGAUUUACAUGUGACAUUUGUGGAAAAAAAUAUUAUUUUAUUUCAGACUUAAAAAAACAUAAAUUGGUUCAUGAUGCAACUAACAAUAUAGAAUGUGAUGUUUGUUCAAAAAAAUGUUACAGCUUAGAGAACUUAAAAAAACAUAAACAGCUACAUUCAUUAGACAAGAAGUUUGAGUGUGAUGUGUGCCAUAAAAAAUACAAUUAUAAAGCCAGCCUUUUUGAGCAUAAAAAAUAUCAUACAUCAGGGGGAAUAAAAUGUCCAGUAUGCUUUAAAACAUUUGCAAUGCCAAGAGAUUUUAAGAAACAUGAACUUGUUCAUGCAGCACCUAAAGUAUUUAAAUGUGAUCUUUGCUGGAAAGAAUUAAGGAGCAAAAAAAACUUAAUGCUCCAUAUGAACAGCCAUACAGGAGAGAAGCCAUUUAAAUGUGAAUUGUGUACCAAAGCAUAUGGUACUUGGACAGGCUUGUAUAGUCAUAAAAAAAGUCAUUCAAAGUCUGAGGAAAAAAAUUUACCAGUGUGAUCUGUGUUGUAAAAAGACUUAUGGGGAAAAUAACUUAAAAAGAUCUUUACAAACACAUUGCAGUUGAAGUUUGGUUUGGGUAUGGUGUGUGAUUACUUAAAUUUUUUUUCACAACUAUGUAGUAUACUUUGUAAGUAAUCUAGUUAAUCUGUCAGCUAAUAAAAAUCACUGAGAAGUGUACUGUUCAGGUUGUCACUUUAUAUUAGAAUUAAAUCGACUUCAAUUUUUAGAAAGAUAUUUCCACU